AUGGCUACAUAUUUCGAUCCCAAUUUAAUAAGCGUGUUCGAUGGACACAAUACGAAUCACAAGUCAUUAGGAAUGCUGACUGAGAUGGGUAUCGGCGGCACGUGCGACUACGGAAAUACGUAUACAAGCCUCCAGUCAAAAACUCCAAAGUCUCCAGUGCCAUUUCAAGGUGACAGCAAUUUUGUAUGGGAUGAAGUUCCUGGUUCUCAACAACCAAAAAGAAUGAGCACUGGCAGCAAGGAACACAAGGAUCAGUUCAGCAGUAAGCCAUGUCAAAAUAGUUCCAAUGGCAGCAACCAUCAGUACCAUGAGGACCCAGUUAUGAAUACUCCGGAUGUAGAGGCCAAUUAUCAUCAGGAAAAUCGUGAUCCAUACUUUGACACCGAUGAAAUCAAUCCUAAGUACAAACAUGAUCCAGUGUUGACUAAAGUCGCUCUUGGCACCGACCUGUACAAUCAGCAGCUAAUCCAAAAAAGCCGCGAUGUCAAUGACGACUACAGCAAUGCUCAGUACGAUCAACAAACACUUCAAAACAGCACCAAUAAUGGCUCCAGCGAUGAUUUGCACAUUCCUGAUUCAUUAAUCCAAAAUUAUGUUCAUAUGAACUACAAAAAUGCUCCGUACAACCAUCAACAACUUCACAGUAGCCCCAUUCGUAUGUACAAUCAAGGCUACUCCAAUACCGACAACAGCAAUGAUCAGUACACUAAUCAACCCAUCAAUCCGUACAAACGUGUGCAAUUCCAAAACAGCAACGAUUUCAAUGCCAACAGUGAACGUCGCCAACCAUCCCAUUCCGUCGAAUCAAUUAUCAAUAAGCCAGAUCGCAGAAAACAAAAGCCUUCAAUGGAUGAAAUGGCUCCUGUUAAACAAAAGAAAGAUUAUUGGAAAAAGAUAGAUGAUGCGUACAAAAGAAGCAAGGGUUUUCAUGGCACUCAAUCGACUUCAUCCUCUGACUCCCAAGCGUCGUCCUCAUCUCCUGACUUCGAAAAAUUCAAAUAUUAUGAAGGACUUCUGGCUGCUCCUCUUGCCAAUGGCGCUGCGCUCGAUACUAAAGUUCUAUGCAACGCUGUUUUUCAAGAACUCGAAACUCGAAAAAUUCCACAAACAAUUUUCGCCACAAGAGUCGCUAAUCGCGUUCAAGGCACUCUUUCCGAGCUUAUCAGAAAACCAAAGCCGUGGGAUUGUGUCAAAUCUGGUCGUGGUGUAUACGUCCGCCUUUUCAAUUGGUACCAAUUGCCAGAGGACCAACGAAUGGAAAUUGUUGAUAAGAAAAUCAAUUGGCAUGUUCCGGAGAAAAAACAAACUGCUGGAAAGAGGCUACUAACUCUUAUAUUUUUCAGAAAACGUGCGACUAAAGGUCCCGCUCCAAAGAAGCCACGCACAGAGUUCACUCCAGUUCAAAAAGGUGCUCUACAAACCAUCUUCGAAGAGAAUCCAAAGCCAUCAGCUGACGUUAUGGCUCAUAUUGCUCAAACCCUUGAAUUGGACAAUGACAGCGUUGCAAAUUUCUUUCAAAACACUCGCAAACGAACCAAUGAUCAAAUGAAACGUAAUCGUCAUCCACAGAACAAUUUCCAAGAUUACCAAGAAGAUCAACAAGGAGAAUAUUAUUAA